AUGUUGUCAUAAAUGAACUUGGGAUCUUGCGAUCCAAGUUUUCGUCAGAUGUGACAAACAAAAUGAAAAAAAAACAAAUGGGAUGAAAUUGCCCUAAUGGUUAGUUCCUUGGGAGUGGCCACAAGGACCGGGGAUAACUGCAGGGAAAAAUGGAACCAGCAGCUUUCAAAGGCGAAAGAGAUCCAUUCCCUGCAGCAAAAACACCAGAGAGGGACUGGCGGAGGGGGAAAGAUGCCACAGGCCGACCCUACACUGCAGAGAAUAAUAGAAACAUUCGAAAAAGACGCAGCAUUCAGAGGCAUCACUGGUGGAUUUGAGUCUGCAGUAACCACACCUAUAAAGGCUACAGCAGCAGUCUCCCUCCCUGCUACAUUACCUGAUCUGGCUGGUUGGACUCCUGUAAAUCAAGCUGCAGAUGUUGAUGUCGACUGCUCAGAUGCAGUGGUUGUGGCAACUUUUGAUCGUCAACCACACGAAACACACAUAGAGGGAGCCACAAUAAUUCUUGAUUCUCAACAGACGAUGACAGCCACUGCAAUGACUGCCCCAAAAUCUCCAGCCAAAAAGAAGGCCAAACUGUGCAAAGUCACUGGUGCCAGGAAAGCACAUGCGAAGGGUCUGCUGACAGACGCCAUGUGCCGACAGAAGACUCAGCAGGAUGUAUUUAACAUGCAGCUUGAGGUCCUUGAGGCAACUCGUGUUACGCAGAAGGCCACAACACGUACUCAGGAAGUUCUUCAGAAAGAGGCUGGCCUUCGAAUAGAAAAGCUACAGCUGGAGAUUGCUCUGCUGAAGGAAAAGGAGUUCUUGGGUCUGUCGGGCAUUGAACUGUAAAUUUAUGUGUAAAUAGUAUCUAUGUUUAUAGGAUUUGAAUUUUUUAAAUAUUAAAUAUAUUAAAUAGUAAAUAUAUAGUAAAUAUCAAGUUAUUUAAAACACAAAGGGAAUGUAUCAAAA